AUGACGUGCAUGUUUGGAGGUUCGUCUCAUAGAUACUAAUAUUGGAAGAUAUCGCUCUGCUAAUUCGCUUUAGCAUCAUGAUCUUGGCCAUAAGAAUUACUCUGUUCUUUCUAACUACUCAACAUUUCGCGUUCAGUCAGAAUGCCUGGUCAAGCUGGAGUAGUUGGAGCGCUUGUUCUCAUGAAGACACACAACAUACGCGAUUCAGAACGUGCCUUGACGCGCGGGAUGGUAAAACGUUAAAUCCUGAACAAUGCCCAGGUUUAUCAAAGAGAACUCGUCAAUGCAAGAGAUGUUCUUAUUCUCUUGUAAAUCAUCGUGAUAUAAGAUAUUCUGGUGUUCACACGACAAAGACGUCAGCGUUGUGCGUGUCGCAGGUGUCAGAUAAAAACAAGUACGUUGAAAUAUUCGUCGAAAUGGCGAUGAAAAAUUUCGUACAAUUAACACGCGUCGAAACACGAGGUCACGGUAAUGGUUACGUCAAGAACUUCAGGAUAAAAUACAGCUAUAAUGGUGAUGUUUGGUUCUAUUUAAAUGAAUUUCCUGGCAAUAUGGACGCACUUCAUGUGCAAAAUAAUACGUUGGACUCUAGGAUCGUACUGCGUCGUAUUAGAAUAUACCCAACUGGUUAUUCUGCGCAAGCAUGUUUUAGUGUUCAACUCUAUGGUUGUCCUUAUAAUUGCGGGGGAAUGAUAGCUCAGGAUGCAUCAUUAAUUACGCCACCCAUCCCGAGGCAAAACAUAGAAGAGCUAAAUUGUCUUUGGAGAAUUGAAUCCAAACAUGCGAGAAAACUUCAGCUAAAAUUUUCACACUUUAAGUUACUUUGUAAAAAUGGAUUGUUGGAAUUAUAUAGCGGGAAACUAAAUCCGACCAGUGAAGAAAACCUCGAAGAAGCAUUUUGUGGCCAUUCAAGCGGAGUCUCCACUCACAUCCUUGAAGGAGGAACCAUGUGGAUGCAUUAUCAUUCCAAUGCAACUACUUCGGAUAUUGAAUUUAAGAUACACGUGAACGCUUUCGCUGUUAGGACGCUGAACGCAACAUCAGAGCAAAUUGUACAACCAAAGAUUGGUUAUUCAAAUAUAUAUCGUUAUGGUUGGAUAAUAACAGCUCCUAAAAAAAACGACACAAUAGAACUAAGCCUGGAUUACUUCUUAAGUAAUAACACUAAAAUAUUUCGCACCAAAUGUGUCGCUGACGUGAUUAUAAUUCACUAUGGUAACGAAGAAGGAACACUUGUGGAGAAAUAUUGCAAGAACGAGAGCAGAGUGAUUACGUCAACUAAUGGAUUUCUGAAAAUUAAAUACAAGUCUAAAACUAACAAUCCAAAGUGGAGAAUGAAAUUUUCAUAUAAAAUACUUGGUUAUCCCUAUCCCAGUCCAACAACAACAAACUUACAACAAACUAAUGUUAAUAGAAAUUUUACCAAGAGAAGUGAACCAGGAACAAUCCAAAGUCCAUCAAGGAAUGCAAACGACACAAAUUUUGUUGCAGCGCAGGAAAAACCACAAGAAGAAUCUUCAAGUAAAGUUCCAAUAAUUGUUUCAUGUACUCUAGCUGCGCUCAUAGCCAUAAUAAGUGUUAUCGCUCUUAUACAUUAUCUCAGAAGACGAAACAACUAUAUGAGAAAACACGAUGGUAGUGAUCGCCCUAUGUCACAUUUCGGUGAACAAGAUGCCACACCCUUUAUGAACACCAAUUUAUUUAUGUGGAACGAUCCUAAGAAUUCUGAGAACUCAGAGAAACCAAAGAAUUCUGAGAAGUCCAGAAAAUCCCUGCCUUUUGUUGAAGUAAAACUCCGAGAAAAUGAGCCUCAACGAUUGAGCAUUAUUUCUUCAGAGAUGUUAAAAUCGAACAGUGCCGUUUCGGUUGGAAUCCCUGGAAAUGACGAACCAGGUACACUGAAAGUUAGCGAUAACUUCACUGAAGAGUGUAUGAAGUUGUUAAAUAACAACCUCAGUUCUACGUCAGAUGAUGGUGAAGACGCUGGGGAAGAUUUCUCGGAAGAAAGAUUUGAGAAAGUUGGAAGAUAUGGUAGUCUACCUGAGGCUGAUCGCACAACACAAGAUAUUGAGAAAAGUUCACUGGAAGAUAGCUUACCAGAAGCAGAGAUCCAGUCACCAGAAACUGACACACUUUUGAAUAAGAGGUCUUCUUUACAAUGAAAUAGUCACUUAAGUCAAUAUAAUCAUCUUCAUAAAGGCAAUAAUAUAUAGUGAUAAAAAGAUUUAGAGUAACGAGAUAUAAGUC